CGGGGUCUCGGCGCUGGGUGGCCUCCCGGGGGAGGGUGGUACCCCUUCCCGGUGGGAGCCGUCGCCGAGAGAAGGCGCCGUGGCACCCCUGGGUCCCGGCCCGCCUGCGGCCGCUGUCGGCCCGGCGCCAGCCCCAAGUGCCAGCUCUGCAGGAAGCGGGAGCGUUUCCUGGUGAAGUCGGGCCGCUCCGGAAUGGCACUUCUCCCAGGGGGAGAGUGAGCGCGCCAGGUUCAGUCAGGAAGAAUUUGUGCACUUGUAUGAACACGUUUGUGAUCGCCUGUUGUGCACUGCGCUCCAUGUUGGGCCUGAGGAAAGAGCCAGCUAAGCCCAGUCCCCGGCCGUCUGCGCUCUUGGAUCCAGGGGGUCGCCAACUGCCGGGGAGUCCACUGGCUCUCAUCCCACGCUUCUCGGGGUCGAAAGGCUUCGAGAGGUCGAAGACCAGUGAGAACCGGACAGGGAAAGUGGGAGCGGGAGAGCAGAGAGAAUGCGACAGAGGGCUCGGGGAUAGAUUUGCUGCAGGGGGAGGGUCCCCAAGUGGAACACCGCGGAGAAGCGCCGUGGGGCCGCAGCAGAGAGUGUGUCAUCCGUGUUGCCACAAAGAAGCCUGAUGAGCAGUCGCGAGGACAGUGGAGAUGGAGUGCAGGAGAACUCCCCUGCCCAGCAGGCAGGCCUGGAGCCCUACUUCGACUUCAUCAUCACCAUCGGGCACUCAAGACUGAACAAGGAGAAUGACACGCUCAAGGCCCUGCUGAGGGCCAACGUGGAGAAGCCCGUGAAGCUGGAGGUGUUCAGCAUGAAGACCAUGAGAGUGCGUGAGGUGGAGGUGGUCCCCAGCAACAUGUGGGGCGGCCAGGGCCUGCUGGGCGCCAGCGUCCGCUUCUGCAGCUGCCGCCGCGCCAGCGAGCACGUGUGGCACGUGCUGGAUGUGGAACCCUCUUCACCUGCCGCCCUCGCAGGCCUGCGCCCCUACACAGACUACGUCGUGGGCUCAGACCAGAUCCUCCAGGAGUCCGAGGACUUCUUCUCGCUCAUCGAGUCCCACGAGGGGAAGCCCUUGAAGCUGAUGGUUUACAAUUCUGAGUCUGACUCCUGCCGGGAGGUGACUGUCACCCCGAAUGCAGCCUGGGGUGGAGAGGGCAGCCUGGGGUGUGGUAUUGGUUACGGGUAUCUGCACCGGAUCCCAACCCAGCCCCCCAGCCACCACAAGAAGCCGCCUGGUGGCCCGCAACCCAGUGCCCCACCACCUGGUGCCCCACCACCUGGACCCGGCCCCCAGGACUCUCCUGCCCCUUUUGGCCUGGAGACAGGCUCCAAACAGGGUGACUACGUGGAGGCCUUGCUGCAGGCACCUGACUCCUCCACGGAGGAACAGCCCCCUGGGCCUGAAAGUCCUGGCCAGGGCGCUCAAGACCUUGGAGACCCGCCCCGUUCCAUGGAGACUCCUCUGCAGCCUCCGCCUCCACUGCAGCGAGUCAUGGACCCAGGCUUCCUGGACGUGUCUGGCCUCUUCCUCUUGGACAGCAGCAACGCCAGUGUCUGGCCUGGCCUGCCCUCUUCCACAGAGCUGACCCCCCCUGCGGUCUCAGCCUCAGGGCUGGAGGAUGUCUGCUCCAGCAGCGGUUCUCACGAGCGUGGUGGUGAGGCCACCUGGUCUGGGUCCGAGUUUGAGGUCUCCUUCCCAGACAGCCCCGGCGCCCAGGCCCAGCCAGACCACCUGCCUCAGCUGACCCUUCCCGACAGCCUCACUUCUGCCGCCUCACCUGAAGAUGGGCUGUCUGCUGAGCUGCUCGAAGCCCAGGCGGAGGAGGAGCCAGCAAGCCCAGAGAGCCCAGACUGCGGGGUGGAGGCUGGGGCUGCUCCUAGCCAGGCCCUCUCCACUCCUGACCACUCUGGGCUGUGAACCAGGCCCUCUGACAGCGUCUCACGAGGCCUGGCAGUGGGAGGCAGCUCAGGCUGCGCUGUGUUGGGUGGCCUGAGUUAGUGCUUCCUGGGCUGAGGCCGAGGGCUGUGCAGUGUCUUCUGCCAAUGCAGGGGCUUUUGUGUCCACUCAGACCCUACUGGUCUCCAAGAGAAAACCUGCCAGCAGUCAUUCUGCCUGGCGGUCCUGGCUUUGGGGAAUUGGGCACUUGUCUAAGAAUCUCAAACAAGUACUUUUGGCGUAGCAGGGGGCUGGGAACAGCACCAGAUUCAGUUUUCCAGAAGCUGGGGGAGGAGAGGACUCUGCUGCUUGGGUCGGGCAUGGAGCUUCCAUCGGUAGAGGCCGUGGGCCUCGGGGAAGGGCAUCUUCAGGCCUUGGGCCCACUGCGUGUUCCUGCUCCAGUCACUGUGGCCGCAUGGCAGGCAGCAGAGUCGAGGCACCAGCGGGUGUGAAGACGGGGUGAGGGAGAAGGGUCGCUGUGGAGUGGUUGUCUAACCGUUCCGGGGGCUUGCCUCGAUUCUUUCCACUACUGAAGCCUAUCUAAUGCAGGGCACCCCCCAAGCCCUGGGGACCCCUGCCGCCCCCUUUGCCGUCUUCCCCUGUGCUCGUCUGCACAGUUGGCUCAGGCUGACCACUGAGUCCAGUGAACCUGGCCCCUUCUCCUGAGGGAGGGUUGGAAAUCCUGGGCCCUUCAGCAGAGACACCUGUGCUUGGGGCGUGAUGAUUCCCCAGCAUCUGCAUCCCGCGGACCUAGCGUCACCAGCUGGGACACCUGUCAGCUCCCAAACUUUUACAACCAUCUCUUUUAAAUAUACAAGUCAUCUAGCCACCCUAGAGGUGAAUGAUAGUUAACAAAUUCAAGUUCACCAUCCUAAGCAGGCUCUCAGAGCCCGUCCUCCCGCCUGGAGCACUUUACACACAGCUCCCACCCCAAGCAGGGAUGAGGUGCCCGGACAAGAGUGAGUCAGGGCCCGCUGCUACUUCCCACAGUACAGGAGAGGGCUGUUCCCCUCUCCCCCAGUGCCUCAGGAGGCUGAGACUGGGUUGUGUGUCUUGCUCUGCCUAGGUCCCACAGCACGAGGAGGGCUCCGUGGAGGGGUGAUCCUUAUCACUUGUCCUUUCCUCUUUGGCCAGAGUCCCUCACCUUCCCACAGCCCUUGCUGAUUACCAUGAAAGCUGCCUCCGGCCUGGCCUUCUAGCCUCAGUCCAGUUGAAAGUCCCACCUUUACCAUUUGAUUUGGAGUGUGUGCCCUUACAGGGAAUUCAGAGCUCUGUUAGGCUCACAGAGGGGCCCAGACCAAAGAUAUGGAGGGAGUCUGCUCUGGGGGGGCAGAGACCAAAGAUGUGGAGGGAGGGCCCCAUAUCAGCAACCACCUCAAGUUUCCUGCACUGUGACUGCAUGUAAAAAGCAAAGCUUUGUCAGGUCUACCAGAGUACCUGAUAAGCCUGCAGAAUAGGGAGGCAUUGUGUCCAGAGCCAGUGCCAGAACCUGGUUCCUGGGUUGUCUGGGAGCCCAGUGUCUGCAGGAAUCCAGGAAGUAGAAGCACGCCAGGCCUGUUCUGAAGCCAGUUUCCCUUCACUAACCUGGUGGCCUGACCCAGGGUCACCCUCACCCAAGGGACCUGGUUCUUCCCACCCUCACGUUAACACGCUCCCUUCCCCAAACUGGGGGAUAAAAUAGAUACCAGUGCUAAUUAUGUCCAGGGUAAACACAAAACCACAAGUUUCUUACUUUCUCUGUAAUCUGCUAUGAAGGAAAAUGACAAGUGGAAAUAAAUGUGUACUAAACACUCUGAAA